AUGCCUUCUGCUACCACUUCGAAAAAGGACCAGAAAAAAGGAGCCAAUGCAAAGUCUGCUCCCACCAAGUCCGCGCCUGGUGCUGUUGUUACCAAGUCCGGUCCCCUCGUAGUCGCUACUACUGCUGAAGAUGUACCCAAGGCUGUUGGCGGACGACCGGAUCAGGCUGCAUUCAACGCACAGCAGGAUGCCUUGAAAAAGGAAAUCGACUCUGUCCAGGCCCAGCUGAGCGUGGUAAAGGAAAAGAUCGCGUCUCUCGGCAAAAACGGUCCCGCCAAUGAACGUCGCAACGAACUCAAGACCGAACUCGACUCGCUCCGCUCCCAACAGGCUGGUGCAAAAAAUAGCCGCACACGCAUUCUGGAUGAACUCAAAGCCUUGCAGGAGGAAAAUCAGAAAAAGAUCAAAGAUCUCCAGGCGUCCAAGGGCAAAGUCACGUACAAGACCGUUCAAGAUGUUGACAACCAAAUCAAGAAACUUGAAAGCCAGGUCGAGAGCGGCAGCAUGAAGAUUGCUGAGGAGAAACGCGCAUUGAACGACAUCACCCAGCUCAAGCGCUCGCGCAAGACCGUUGAAGGGUUCCAGGCAGAGGAAGAGGCUAUCCAAGCCAACAAGGCCAAGAUCGACGAGCUCAAAAAGGAACUCGAUGAUCCAGAAGCCAAGGCAGCGUCCGAGCGUUACGAUGCCAUCAAAAAGGAACUCGAUGACAUCAAGAAGGAGCAGGACGAGGCAUAUGCGUCGCGCAACAAGAUCUAUGACGAACGCAAUGAAAUCAGUGGUCAACUUGACGAGCUUUUCCAGAAGAAGCGUGACUCUAACGCGGCAUGGCGUGAAGCCAACGACAAGUACUACGCCAAGAUUGCUGACGAGCGCGCGCGUAAGCAGGAGCGUUUCAGGAAGCAGCGGGAGGAAGAGGAGAGGCAGAAGCGCCGCGAGCAAGCUCAACGCAUUCGUGAAGAGGCCGAGAUUCCUGCAUUCCAGGUCGAGAUUGAGGAUUGUCAGACCCUCAUUGAUCUGUUUACUGGAAAGAUCACUGGAGCCGCGGCUGAUAACAAGGUCUCCACUUCCAAACCUGCCAACGGCCUAACUGGUGUACCUGAACUCUCCAUCCGCACUGUCGAGGCUGACCCAAGCCUGGGUGUCGCUCUAAAGAAGAAAGGUGAAGAGGAAGAAAACUACUUUGUGGCAAAGAAAAAGAAGGCGCCUGCUGGCAAACCCAACCAACAGCAGGCGGCAAAGGAGAAAGAGGCUCCUGCUGCACCCAAGCCUGAGGAUCGGUUCCACGUUUCGUUUUCGACCCUCACCGCACUCGGAACUUUGUCUAUUCCUCCGCCAUCGUCGCAAGCAGACGUGGAACGUUGCAUUGCUGACUUGCAAAAGAAGCGCGAUUGGUACUUGGCUAAUCAAAAGCGCGUGACUGCUGAAAAGAUCGCCAAAGCGGAUGCCGAGAUUGCAAAACUCGAAGCUCAGGCUGGCAAUGGUCAAGUACCGAAUGGAAAUGGGGAACAACCGCCCGAGCCAACGCAUACUCCUGCGGUCGGAGGUGCGGCCUCGGCGGAGGUCCCCUCGGAAGUUGUUGAUGAAAAACUUGAGCAAGUAAAAGAGGCCGAAGGCCAAGAGUAG